AUGAGCGGACGAAACUCUGCCAUCCGCGCAUCCUAUCUUAUCGUCUGGUCAACAAAAAAAAUCAGCACCCCACCUCCCACGCACGAUUCGCGGAAACCACCCACGCCGCCGGCCGCCGAGCCCUCACUCGGACGCCCGCCCUGCCACCAGCCGUCGCUGCUCCUCGCACCCUCCCACGGCCGCGCCGCCCCUGGCUCCUUGCGGCCCGUCACGCCCCCGCGCGGCCUCCCUCCGCAGCGCCCCAGCCCCGUGCCGCCCACCGCGUCCCAGGGCAGUGUCCCUCGGCGGCUCCCCCGCCCCCGUGCCACCUGCAGCGCCCCAGCGCUCCCUCCCUCAACGGCGCCCCCGGCCAGCACGCCCUUCCUUGGCGGCGUCCAGCCAGAGAUCCACCACCGAGUCAGAGCAGGUCAGGUUCCUGAUAACUUCGGUAAUGUUUCUGGGUCAGAACUUAAGGUAGAGGUGAUGGAAGAGAGGCUAUUAGAAGACUUGACUCGUGAAGUUUGUUCUGUGCUUUGGGUUUUAGCAUUACCUGGUUUGAAGAGUAGACUUCCAUCUUUGGAACAACUUGGAACUGUCAACCGGAUUGAUUCUUCUCUUAAACGUCUGGAAUCAUUUGCUUCCAGCUCUCUUACUGGAUUUCUUAUGCUUAAUGUUGACACUGCCCUAACUGCUUUGGGAAUAACUGUUGAAAUGUUCACUUGGACAGAUAGUGAAGCAGUGACUAAAGUAAUACCCUUUUAUGGUGCAUUGAUUCACCUUGCUGUUGCAACAAACCAGGCUGAGCUGAGGCAGUUUGUUAGAAAGGAUAUAUUUUCUUCUAUAACACAGGGCUUAUCUGUUGAGUUGAAUGUCGCUGUUAAUGCGGAGCUUAUUGGACUUUGUCAAGGAAUAUAUCUAUAUCUGUCAGACAAAGAUCGUGCGCCUAAACAGGCUGACAAGUAUCACUGGAACUGGUAAGUAUCACUAAAGGCUUGAUUCAGCAGCACGUGAUAUGUCCCCCUCACCAGUUACCAUCUGAGUUGUCUUCCCCACCUCUGUUAUCACUCCGACACGGCCGACAUCUCUACCACGGUGAGGCACUCCACCGCGACAUUUAUCGCCUCUCACCUCCACCAGUAGCCUCCCUAUGUUGCAGCUAUGUCUUCUGCUCCUCAGUUUUGCUUCUUCAUGCGUUCUCAUCUAAUGGAAACUAUGAACAUUUCCCCCCCUCAUUAUGAGCACUUUUUUCCUCAUUAUGAACACUCUUGUGAGUUUGGCAUGAAUGUGUGAUUCAAUGCAGCAAAAGUAAACCCCAAUUAAAAUUCAAAAAAAGUAAACCCCAAUUAACCUUAGAU